CCUCGUGCGGCGCUGUAUAGAGCGAGCGCCGCGGCCGGCAGCACCCGCCGCCCGCCGUCGCCGUCGCCACCCCUACCACUGCCACUGCCACUGCCACUGCCGCCCCGCGCGCUCCAACCGCCGCUCGCCGCGCGCAUCCCCGCCCGCCGGCCUCCCCCAGAGAGCCCGCGAGGGAGCCCGCGAGAGACCCCGCCCGACCUCAGGCGGGCGCCCGGCCGGACCCUGAGCCUCGCCCUCUCGCGCUGCGGCCGUCCGCGCCUCCUCGGCCGCUUGUCCGGCAUGAAGACCAAGUUCUGCACCAGCGGCGAGGCGGAGUCUUCGCCGCUCGGGCUGCUGCUGAGCUGCGGCGGCGGCAGCGCGGCCUCGGCGCCCAGCGCGGGGCAGCCGCGCGACGCGGCCGGCCCGCCGGAGCCCAAGCCGCUGGGCAGCCGGCAGCCGCCGCUCGCACUGCCCCCGCCGCCGCCGCCGCCGCCGCCGGCCGCCGAGCAGCCGGAUCCGCGCACGCGGCGCAAGGCCUACCUGUGGUGCAAGGAGUUCCUGCCCGGCGCCUGGCGGGGCCUCCGCGAGGACCAGUUCCACAUCAGUGUCAUCAGAGGUGGCCUCAGCAACAUGCUGUUCCAGUGCUCCUUACCCGACACCGUGGCCACGGUUUGUGACGAGCCUCGGAAAGUGCUCCUGCGGCUGUAUGGGGCGAUUCUGCAGAUGGUGUUUUUGAUAAAGCUGUGGAAUGGAAAGAGGUCCUGUAAUAAAGAGGGAUCCGAACAAGCUCAGAAAGAAAAUGAAUUUCAAGGGGCCGAGGCUAUGGUUCUGGAGAGCGUUAUGUUUGCCAUUCUCGCAGAGAGGUCACUUGGGCCAAAACUCUAUGGCAUCUUUCCCCAAGGCCGAUUGGAGCAGUUCAUUCCGAGUCGGCGAUUAGACACUGAAGAAUUAAGUGUGCCAGAUAUUUCUGCAGAAAUAGCUGAGAAAAUGGCCACAUUUCAUGGUAUGAAAAUGCCAUUCAAUAAGGAACCAAAAUGGCUUUUUGGAACAAUGGAAAAAUACCUAAAUCAAGUGUUGAGGAUUAAAUUUACUGGGGAGUCCAGAAUCAAACAGCUCCACAAGCUCCUGAGUUUCAAUCUGCCUUUGGAACUGGAAAACCUCAGGUCACUGCUUGAAUCUACUCCGUCUCCGGUUGUAUUUUGUCACAAUGACUGUCAGGAAGGUAACAUCCUAUUGCUGGACGGCCGAGAGAACGUUGAGAAACAGAAACUGAUGCUCAUCGACUUUGAAUACAGCAGUUAUAAUUACAGGGGAUUUGACAUUGGGAAUCACUUCUGUGAGUGGAUGUAUGAUUACACCUAUGAAAAGUACCCCUUUUUUACUGCAAACAUUCUCAAGUAUCCCACCAGAACACAACAGCUCCAUUUUAUUUCCAGUUACUUGACUACAUUCCAAAAUGACUUUGAAAACCUCAGUAGUGAAGAGAAAUCUGCUAUAGAAGAAGACAUGUUGCUUGAAGUUAACAGGUUUGCCCUCGCAUCCCAUUUCUUCUGGGGACUUUGGUCCAUUGUACAGGCCAAGAUUUCAUCCAUUGAAUUUGGGUACAUGGUAUGUUCUGAGGCAGCGCUCAUCUCCCCCCCGGGAAAUGCUGUGGUGCACGAGUAUGCUCACGCCAGAUUCGAUGCCUAUUUCGACCAGAAGAGGAAGCUGGGGGUGUGACGGGAGGAGCAGCCCUGCACCACUGGACUGCGGGAGGCUGCGAGCCGGGCCCUCUGCGCUGCAGCCGCGGCCCCUGCAGCACGAAGGCCCGGCGCCUCUGGACAGAUGUGUAUGAUACUGGAGACUAUUAAAGUGGAGUGACGUUUAUUUCACACCUUGUUUAUGGUUUCACUAGGACUUGGACGAGGUUGGGAGCGGAAGUGUAGUCAGUAGAACAGUAGCGCGGCCUCCAAGACGGCCUUCCGUCGGGGCGCGAGGCUUCCAGUGGCUCGGCCGCCCCAGGAGCGAGAUGUUCCUGCAGGUACUUUGGUUAAUGUUGUUGUUUUUUAAAAAAUUUAUCAUUAAUAUACUGGUGAACGUUGUGACCAGGAUUUUUGUAGGUGACGAUGUGAUGUAGACACUCUUGCUCCCGAGGGACACGAGUGAGUGGACACACUGUGAAGUGCUCCACGGGCAGCCCGUGCCUCUGGGCAGAAGGCGGCUGCUAGAGAGGCGGGCUGCCCAGGAGCUGUCGGGAGCUCUGCGGACAGAUGGCCGCGGCCUCCUGAGCCUGCUGUGCACGUGUUGGCACGUGGACGAACUUCUCUGUAGCUGGAUGCGCCCUGCACGCCCCUCCUAACUCCGGCCCCCCUGCCCCUCUCUCCUUCCCUCUGCCUGGCCAGAGGCAGCUUCCCCAGGGAAUCCUUCCACCCCCACACGCUGUCCCUGGCCUGGGCCAGCAUUCCCAGCCUCACCCCCACCAUGUCCCUGAUGUCACUCUGGGAGACAGCAGCACAGAUGUGGGGUAGGGGUGGGGGACAGAGCAGAGCUGUGAAUCACAUGCAUUAAUGUCCAGUGGGUCGAUUUUAGCAGACUUUUUUUUUACUCCAAACUCUGAAUUGCUUUUUGUGCAUAUAUUUCUGCUACCACAGAGACUGUACUACACAGAUAAAUAAUAAAAUUAAGACUCAACCUCA